GUUUGGGGACGUCUUAAUCAGCAUUACUAAUAACCAUUUGUUACUUGAGGGCAAGACUGUUAAUUUUGUUGCAGGAGAAAUCCACCACCCUUCUUUACAGCCAGCUCAAUGCACAGCCUUUACAGGCAGACACCAGCGCCAUGCUCCUGAGGGUCUGAGCCCCAGACCUUUUCAGUGAAGAACUAGAACUGUGAACCUUACAAAAAAAAUGUCUCAUUCCCCUUGGCUCAAUUGCCACACAACAUAAAUGUUGACUGUAGCUCAGUGGCAGAGUCGGGUGGUUGUCUCUCAAUAAGAAGGUCAGAGGUUUGGCCCCAGGUCCUGUUAGCUACAUGCCAAAGUGUCCUUGGGCGCAUUACAUGAAGGCCUGCUAUGUGGGUGAAUGUGGCAAGUAAUGAAAAAUGCUUUAAGUGUUCAUUAGACUAGAGAAAGAGCUACAUAAACAUGGUCCAUUUACCAUUUACACAGCUAAAGAAAUCUGUAAGACAUGAAAAUCUAUUCUGUAAAUAGCUAUGAAACUGACAGUUUGUCUGCCACAGUAAAAAGAAAAGCAAUAAGCCUGUUGUGACCCUGCUCAAAUAGUCUCACCUAAUAAGUCUCACCUCUGAUGAGUGUAGUUAUGGUUAAAUUUUGAGGGGCAAAAAAGGAGGCCAGACAUCUCAGACCUUAUAUGCCUCCCAUGGACAUCUCACUGGACACAGCCCUGUUUGGGGUAUCAGGAUGCCUUAUCUUGCCAAGAGCAUCUAGAUAGCCAGAACUUCUCAUGCUCAUUGGACUUAAUCUGAUUUACAGUAUAAAAAUUGAGAAAAGAAGACACAAUCAGACGGAGUCUUAAAACAAAGUACAAAACCCAAUUCCAUUGAAGUUGGGAAAUUGUGAUAAACAUAAAUAAAAACAGAAUACAAUGAUUUGCAAAUAAUAAUUAACUCAGAAUUUGAUGGCUGCAACAUGUGUCAAAGAAGUUGGGAAAGGUGGCAAAAAAUACUUAGAAAUUUGAGGAAUGCUCAUCAAACACCUAUUUGGAAUAUCCCACAGGUGAGAAGGCUAUUUGGGAACAGGUUGGUGCCAUGACUGGGUAUAAAAGCAGUUUCCCCAAAAAUUCUCAGUCAUUCAUAAGCAAGGAUGGGGCGAGGUUCACCACUUUGUGAACAACUGCAUGAGCAAAUACUCGAACAGUUUAAGAACAACAUUUCUCAAAGUACAAUUGCAAGGAAUUUAGGGAUUUCAACAUCUACAGUCCAUAAUAUCAUCAAAAGGUUCAGAGAAUCUGGAGAAAUCACUGCACGUAAGUGGCACGGCCGGAAACCAACAUUGAAUGCUCCUGACCUUUGAUCCCUCAGGCGGCACUGUAUCAAAAACCAACAUCAAUGUGUAAAGGAUAUCACCACAUGGACUCAGGAACACUUCAGAAAUCCACUGUCAGUAAAUACAGUUUGUCGCUACAUCUACAAGUUAAAACUCUAUGUAAAAUGAAAGCCAUUUAUCAACAACAUCCAGAAAUGCCACCAGCUUCUCUCGGCCCGAGCUCAUUUAAGAUGGACUGAUGCAAAGUGGAAAAGUGUUCUGUGGUCUGACGAGUCCACAUUUCAAAUUGUUUUUGGAAAUAGUGGACGCCGUGUCCUCCAGGCCAUAGAGGAAAAGAACCAUCCAGAUUGUUAUCAACACAAAGUUCAAAAGCCAGCAUCUGUGAUGGGGGUGUAUUAGUGCCCAAGGCAUGGGUAACUUAAACAUCUGUGAAGGCAACAUUAAUGCUGAAAGGUACAUACAGGUUUUGGAGUAACGUAUGCUGCCAUCGAAGCAACGUCUUUUUCAUGGACGCCCCUGCUUAUUUCAGCAUGGGAAUGGGAAAGAAUUCCACCUUCAAAGCUUCAACAAUUAGUCUCCUCAGUUCCCAAACGUUCAUUGAGUGUUGUUAAAAGGAAAGGUGAUGUAACACAGUGGUAAACAUGCCCCUGUCCCAACUACUUUGGCAUGUGUUGCAGCCAUGAAAUUCUGAGUUAGUUAUUUUUUGCAAAAAAUAUAUAGUUUAUGAGUUUGAACAUUAAAUAUCUUGUCUUUGUAGUGUAUUCAAUUGAAUAUAGGUUGAAAAGGAUUUGAUUUAUUUACGUUUAUCACAAUUUCCCAACUUCAAUGGAAUUGGGUUUUGUAUAUGCUGUGUGUAUGUCUAUAAACUAUAUCAAAUUAGUUUAUCCAGUCAGCAUUGUCUUUUUUUCUGGGGGUUUUUUUUCUGUCUGUGUGAAGAUAUAUUUUUAUUUUUCCCCUUUCUCUCCCUGCUUAGUUUUGAGACCUUCAUUGCGCUGCAUUUUAUCCCCAUUACGUCUUCCGUUGUAAAUGACUACAUUACCCAUGAGCCUUGGGAGUUGGAGUUUGCGCAAUCUGUUUUCCACGGCCCAGGCUGCUGCUAGUAUCUGUUUAGGGUUGUUGUUGUCACAGUAAAGGGGGGCACAAGAAAGAAUUGACGAAGUUAUUUUAACCCUGAGCCUGUCGCAUGAGGUAAGAGAGAUAUCUCGAUGAAAUGUAUGCCCUGACUCUUACUUUACUUGUUUUUUUCAAGCGUUGUCCCUGGAAAACAUAACAGUUAAAUUAGUUGUUGAGCGUCAACGUCUAGCCAGUGACACAGACAGACAAGCUAGCAGAGAUCUGAAGAAACCUACUGAAGUUAAAGAUCAUGACACCGGAGACCUCUUUAUGGCCACAGUGAAUCUAAACUGAGGGUUUUUACACACCACAUUUUUAGGACUGUUUUGUCGGUCAGAGAGAGAGAGAGAGCAAGCUAACAUUGCUGAGUGUUAGCUAUCAUGUAUCUGAGCUAACAUACUGAGUCAGCUUGCUAACGGUAACUUACACAAACAGAGAGAAUCACAAAGAAACUCAUACAGGGAGGAUUUCAUCUUCAUGUUGUCACGAAGGCUGUGUCACUAACAGACAGAUUUACAGAUAAAAAAUGUCCCUGCUUUUUUGUAGUGUCACCAUAAAAUCAAAUUAAUGAUGAUUUAUAAAUAAGUCAGCAGUAGUUACUGAGCAGGUUAGCUAAACAGGGGCGUGUCCACACUAUUUCUGACUAGGGUGGCUCAUCUGGGGUAUUUACUGUAGAGGUGAUAUGGAAGAAUAACAUUUAUCACUAUUUCUGUUUUCAGUAAUCAUAUUUGUUCGAAUUACACUGAAGCAUGCUUUGUAAACUUUGAAGAGUUUCCCACCAGAGCCGAAACUAAUUUGCUCAUAAUUUCAAGUAGAAAUGUCCCAAUUAGCUUGACUGGCCUUAAUUCUUAUUUGAUUUUUUUUUUUUUUUUUUUUUUUACUGUAUAUCGGCCAACAGUAAAUAUAAGGGGAUGACACUCAUAGGCUUGCUUUCAAUUUGUGCCAAAAAAAGAAAAAAGGUUUGGUGCUGUGUGUUAUGCUGUCCCUCAUCUUGCCAGACACACACAAGUACACACACAUACACCAUAUACACUUCCCUUCCUCAUGCCUCUCUCCCUGCUCUCCUCUCUUCACCUGUGGCUGCAUGAUAGAUUGUGCUACUGUAGCACAACAUGUUUAAAAUAAUUAAAUCCACAUCGUCCUCUUGUUCCCAAACUCUUGUUGCACAUUGAUCUGAGCUUAUAAUGAAAGUGAAGUGAGAGUUGUUUGAGGGGAGGGGCAGAGCUCAUGCCUCGCUUUGAAGGAGAAAAGGGAGGGUGUGUUUGAUGAAUCACCCAGUCCUAGUGUAAAGUCUUUGUUCUUUUCAGAAUGAUAAACUUUUUAGCAACACACUGUUGUCAUAAAGACAAGUGUUGUCGUAAUGACAAGCAUAGGUCAAAGGGAAACUUGUUAUUGAACAAUAGGAGCCACCCUGGACAGAAGUGACAUAAGCACAAAGGCACAAAAUAGCAUGACUAUUACGUUAUGUGUAAUUAAAGUGGGAGGCAGAAAAGAUUUCUAUAUGAAACAGGUAAACUAACAUCAGGUGUGAUGAUUCAGCAAACAUCAGCGGUUUGGAAAAAGAUGCUAAAAAGGCAGUCUGACACUGACUCAGCUCAUCUGCAGCAAUAUUUACUUGUUAAUUGAUACAAGUUGGUUAGUUCUCUCUAAAUGUAAAACAAACAGUGAACGUCACAGAACGAGGGUUGAGAGCAGUGAUCUCAGACCUGCUGUUUUCCUUCAGUACAGUCAUGUUUGACCAACAGUUACUGCUGAAAUAUCAAACCCUUUAAUAUACCUUUCAGCUGAGCUGCUCCACUGUAGCUGUAGUUUAAAAGUAAAGAACAACUUGAUCUCCUAGUACAUCUUAUAGUGGUGUUUAUGCUGUUUCUUGGCUCUCAUUUGUUUUCAGAAAGAGUUCCACUGCCGGCGGUUGUCUUCAUUUCACUUUUAUUUCUCUGUUUUGUGUUGUUGCAGGUUACUGGGUGAGCCCCUCCCUGCCAUGAGAGCUGACCACCAGGUCACCAGCCCCCCCUCCUUCUGCAGUUGAUGGAUCUGCAGCUGGUCCAGAGAUGACAGACAGCGUCAGGGCCUUCCUCCGCAAUGUUGCGACGGUCAGUACACGCCGAAGCGUACACAUUUUACUCACAUUCGCAGUUCAUCACGACAUCACAGGUCUGUGCCGUUACAGGCCCGUUUAGCUUUCCUCUUUCUGAGUUACACACAUUAAAAUGUUUGUCCACUAUUCUGCCUAUUCUGUGUAUGCCAAGUCAAAAUUUUGAGAAACCUUUAUAAAAAAAAAAGCUUUUAUGACUGUAAUUCUUUAAUUUUACGUCUCUGACUGAUGCCUAUAUGCUGUAUGAAAAGGAAAUAUUUACAUAAACAUUCCUCAAAGUUUCAGUCUGUUUUGUGGGAUUUGGUCCUUGACAAAUGAGAACCACACUUUCUAUUAGUGACCUUGAACUUUAUCAUUGUGUACCAUCUGCUUGAUUGUGAACUGGCUGAUCUCCAAACGAGUCCAAAGAUAAUGUUUGUUUUUGGCGUAAUCCCAGCUGCCCUUCUUGUUAUUCCACUGAUGGUGUCUUUGUCUCACGAUCAAAUUAGAGCAGAACGGAUCCUCGUGAAAGAUUUCACAAAAACCCCAGUGUGUUUAAUGUUAAAUUGUAUAUUUAAGAAAACAUUAUCUACAAACAACACUUGAUAAACUCUGUGAAAGAUAAAUGUACACAUCUGUUUAUUCACAGCAGCUACCUCUGGUUAUUUUUACAGUAUGAAAUCAAUCUAUCAUUGUUGUUCCUCCAGCUAACAGGAGCUGUGUGGGUUUACAUAUGAUUGACUGAAAGGUGAAGGAGUGUUAACAACACUGCCAUGAUUAGCAUAAAUUAUUAAUGCAUUUCAUACGACAACAAUGGGGCUCCAUGUAAUCUACUAAACAUGUACAGUUUACAUUGACCCUGCUGGACAAACAGGCAGCUUGAUAAAAAGACAAUUUCAGCACAUCACCCUGUCCUCACUCCGCCUCCAUUAUCCAUGUCUGAUGUGAUGGAGGCCUCCACCUUAACAUAAAUAAUCCAUGUGUGAGUGUAUAUUUUUAGAAAGCUGGUAGGGAAAGAUAAUGUGGCGGAGGGUUCAACUGAAUAGCAUCUGUGUGAGCAUUUCAGGACAGCUGUCAGGAAAUCUGCCUGACAAUAAAAAUCUGGUCACUAUGAUAUUUGUUUUGACUAGGAGAAGCUAAAUAUUGGCUUUAAACACUAACUGUUCACUGCUUUCGGUGUAUAAUUUGACAACUCUAUAAAAUAUUUUCUACUUUAGUAUUGUGUGGAAAAACAUAUACUCAGAAAUGUUUAUAUUUUGUUCAGAAGUUUGCAGGGAGUGUAAACACCUCACUUGUACUCUGUCUUUCUGGACUCUGUAGGGGAUCAAGGACUCCAUAUUGGGGAUUGGAACAAUCUCCAAGCUGGAUGCCCGCAUCCAGCAGAAAAGGGAAGAGCAGCGGAGGAGACGGGCCAGCGGGGCCCUGGCACAGAGACGGGCACAGAGUGAGGAGCGCAAACCAGACAAGUAGGCCAUGAAGAAAAAUGCUGCAGAUUAGGACUGAUGCAAUUUAACCAGAGUCUGAUAUUAGCUCAUGGAUGUUUUUUAAUGUCCAGUUCUUCUUUAGAAGUUUGUUCAUACAACCUUUUUCUGACAGGGGGGGAGUUGUAUGAACAAAGCGCUUGCAAUUUACCCUCUAUGGUGUGCAAAUUUUCCGAUUAGCUUCAAAAUGCAAAACUGGAAAGUAAGUGCUGACCUCAGGUUGACAAAAUCCCCUCAGUGUGUGUUGUGGCUCUUUGUGGUUGGAAACUGUUCAGUUUCAUGUCAGGUCUGUGCUGAACGUGACUGUAACAAGUUUUAAAUGGUCUUGCUUUCUUUCUGAAUCAGAAAGACUGUUUAAUCAUUGGUGCAUGCCUCAUUUUAAAAAUGAAAAUCUUUGAAUCAGUAUUUUUAUCAGUUCGUUCAUGACUUCUAGUUAGUUGCCAGGUAACAAGUGGAGUAACGCUCAGUGAACAGGUAGUUCUGUAAAUUAGAAUCCUGUCAGGGUGGAGUUUCACUGUGAAGGGAUUCAGAUUUACAUGACUACCAUGCCACCGUGCAUUAACCCUUACACAAUAAAGUGUAUCACAUCAAGUGAUUUGUUGAAUCUGAGCAGUGAUUUACAUACACAAUGCUUUUACUUGGAAGAACUUGUACUUGGAAGUAAAUCAACCGUUCCUAAUCCCAACAAAAGACUUUUAGAUUAGAUUAGAGAUUAGAUUCAACUUUAUUUAUCCUUUUUGAAAGAAUUCUUUAUUUUAUUUUAUUUUUUCUAUUUUUAACUGCAUCCAUGAGUUUGUUUGACUCUGGUUAGAUUCAAAUUAGAAUAUCAAAAUGAAACUAAAAUAUUGUUUGAAUAUUGAACAGCAAUAAAAGUUGUUUUGACCUAAUUUGUCUUUCAGUGAACCCAAAGUAGCCAGCAGGAUUUUCCAGUGCUGUGCCUGGAAUGGAGGAGUGUUCUGGGUAAGACAGUUCACCUCUUAUUUUCAGGUUUAUUAGUGCAUUUAUAACUGGUCAUUACUUUUUCUUGUUAAUCCUCACACCACACACUUCUCUGUCAUCCCACACGAGCGUCACUUUUUAUCUGGAGCACACAUCAUGUGAUGUUUUUCUCUGAAAUGCUGUUUCUACACGGUCAGAGAAAAUAAGUAUGUGUCCUGCUCAUAUUUGAUGAUAAAAUUGAGGCGCAUCACGCCUCUCCUCCUGGGCUGCUAAUAGCGCUCUCUGUCAAAGAGUCAAUCACAGAGAACAGCAGUCAAUGGGGUUCCAGCUACACUCCUCCAGUUCAGGAGUGUUUAAGCAGACUUAGCUGACAGUCAUUGAUGGAAAGACAACAAACUGUAGUUUGACUGGAUGAAGCUGGCCUUCACCUCUUUCACUGUGGGCGUAAGUUCAGUGUGAUAGAGGUUUUUUGUUUUUGUGUGUUUGGUGUGAUUUUAAAUGCUGCAACAAACACCAAAAGUUUUUGCCCUUUUGAUAUCUACAAAUAUUUCUUUGCAAAGUGUCGAACUUAGAGGAAAAAAAAAACAUGUUGUUGGGAUACAUGACGAAGAAUAACUAACAUGUCAUUUCCUUUCUUCAGCUCAGUCUGUUUCUCUUCUACCGGGUGUUUAUCCCUCUGCUGCAGACUCUCACAGCAAGAAUCAUCGGUAUGUAUGACUGCUUUUAAGCCUCAAGCUGCUCCUCGGGGUUGUGAAAGAAACAGUCUGUCAACAAGUUUCUUUUUUGCUGCAGGUGACCCCUCCCUUCAUGGCAGUGUGUGGUCCUGGUUAGAGUUCAUCCUGACUUCUGUCUUCAGCGCCCUCUGGGUUCUCCCUCUGUUUGUCCUCAGCAAGAUAGUCAACGCCAUCUGGUUCCAGGUGAGGCCCUGCUCUAGAGGACCACUAUAGACUUUCUGACACAUAUCCAUCAAAUUAUCAGAUAUGUUUUCCUUCUGAACCAUUUAAUGUGCCUGUUAUGACCAGGGUUGUUGUUAUACUGAAAGGCCAGUAUUAUAAUACCUCUGAUACUGUCUAAAAUGAAAUUAAAAUCAAGACACUGUGAAGAAAUCAUAAUACAAUAGAAAUUGAGCAGAGUUAUACAAGAACACCUGCACAACAGCUAACAGGUUCAAGUACAUAUUGUACACUGCCUGUAAUGUGAUUUGAUUUGGUAUGUGUUGCUUUGGUUAAAGAUGUAUAAAACAUUAAAUCGCUGAUUUAGUUAAAAUACAGCUGAAUUCAACAACGGGCUGAAUUUCAUGAAAUCUGAUCUGUCUUCCCUUUUAAGGCCAUAAUACUCCAGUUUAAAUUGACCCUUCAUUGUAAAAAAGAAGCGAGUAAUUUUUGUGAAAUAUUUGUCGGCACACAGCACCAUGCACACCCGAGUGUUUGGGUCUGAUGUACUGUAGGUGGUUGAAAAACUAUUCAGGACUUUUUCCUGUAGCUUAUCAAAGAAAGUUAUGAUGUUAUGGGACUGAUGUAGAUAUCUGGGUGGGUUUUCUGUUGCAGGAUAUAGCCGACCUGGCAUUUGAAGUGUCAGGAUGUAAAGCUCAGCCGUUCCCCAGCGUUAGUAAGAUCAUCGCAGACAUGCUCUUUAACCUCCUCCUCCAGGCACUCUUCCUCAUUCAGGCAAGUUUUCUGGUCUUCUCUUUAAGAUUUCUUUAUUGAGAAAUAAUGUCUCUCCCUCUCUCUCCCUUUCUCUCUCUCUCCUUCUUAAUCUUUCUGUGUUCCUCUGUAUCAACACAGUAGAGUCACAUUGCAGGUCUUAUAUUAGAAACUCCUCACACAUAACUUUUGAGUUCAGCAGUAAAAAGUACAGCUGCGGUUGUGGUCUAUGACUGCAGGACCAGAUUCCGAAAAAGUUUGUUAAUGUUGUCACUUUUUUCAUUAACUAAACAAGUUGUGCCAUUUAUAAUCAAAAUGCAAAUUGCCUGAUUUCCUUUGUCACUAUUAGCAGCAUAACCUCCUGCAGGAAAACAUUUUUAUAGACCUUAAAGCCAUUUCAGAGAAAUUAGUAAGGUUUUUUCCUGAAAUGGUUUCAGGAACUUGUAAAAAUGGUUGUUUCUUGUUAUUUUUCUCCACAGCUUGACCCACAACUUUAUAACAAAACCUCUUUUCUUAAGGCUGAAGCCAAUAAAACAGAACACACAUGUCCCUCUCCCAGAGCAGUCAGUGAAUGUAACUGUCUGGCAUAUCUUUAUGAUGCUGUAGGGUAUGAUUGUGAGCCUCUUCCCCAUCGAUGCCAUUGGACAGAUGGUCAGCCUCCUCCACAUGUCUCUGCUCUACUCUCUGUACUGCUUCGAGUAUCGCUGGUUUAAUAACGGUAGGAUAUGCACGUUUAAUGCUACAGUCUAAAAAAUAAACAUUACUGAGUCUUAUUUCUGGAUUUGAUGUGGUACUUGUUUAUAAUCUGGCUAUAAUCUGGUGUUUAUGUUUGUUUUAGGCAUUGAGAUGCACCAGCGUCUGUCCAACAUUGAGAGGAACUGGCCCUAUUAUUUCGGCUUUGGUUUACCCAUGGCCCUGUUGACCGCCCUGCCCUCCUCAUAUAUCAUCAGGUAAGACCUGCAACUCUGAACAAACCCUAAAAAUAAGUCAGGGUUUUAUUUUAUUUUUUUACUUAAAACUUGAGCUGAACCUUUAAAUCCAACCUAAUCUCAUCCUGUGGUGUGUCAACCAUAAUAAUGUUCUCGUUCUCCUUCCACUCAGCGGCUGCUUGUUCUCCAUCCUCUUCCCUCUCUUCAUCAUCAGCGCUAAUGAGGCCAAGACACCAACAAAGCUGUAGUGAGUAAAAUAAAAUCCUCUUCUCUAAAGGUCGGUGUCUCUAAAUGCAGACUCACUCAUCGGGUUUGUGUCUCCUGCUCCUCCAGCCACUUCCAGCUGCGUCUCUUCUCUCUGGUCGUGAUGAUCAGCAACAAACUUUUCCACAAGACGGUCCACCUUCAGUCCUCGCUCACAUCCUCCGCCUCCUCAGAGAGACUGUCCUCCCCCCACACCUCCCCUACCCGCCAGAGACCCCUGCCCACCCAGUGAUGACUCCUGGGAGGAGAGAGGAAAGCAGAUGCAGGAGGGUCUCACUCGUAGAUGAUGUGCGGUUUAGAUCAAAGGGUUUACAUGUUUUGAUCUCCUCUCUGGCCCUUUGGUUCUCAUUCACAGACACGUUUUCAGUGUGACACAAAACUCGACUGCCCUGUGCCUCACACUCAAAACACGUUAUAUACUCAGCUCUUCUUGUUUUCUUUUGUGAAUUUUCUUUUUCUUUUUCUUUUUUUUUUGUAUAAUGUGCCAUUUGAGUGACUCUCCUUUUAAUAAAUGACAGCACAAGAACUCAUGUAGUGUUACUAUGUAAAAGCAAAAGAAGGUUUUUUUAAACUUUGAAGGGUUUGCGAUGAGAUGCAAAGCACAGUGUUGUUUUCUUGAUGUUGCAAGUUGCAUUUCUUCCUCACAGAUUGAAGGCUUUCUUGCACAUGGAUGUGUUUCUCUGUCAUAUGACGGUAUCCCAGAAGCUCCAGGAAUAACCUUGUAUAAUAAAAAGGGAGGUUUUUAUCCUGUAAGAGCUUUCUUUUUUAUAAUAUUUAUAUAAAGAGAAGAGCUGCUGCUGCUGGAUACUGAUACCAAAAAAAUUAAGUCACUCUUUUUUGUGUGUCAACUUGAGAAGUUGCUCAGUGUCUCGUCAAAGGCUUAGUCUUUCCCCAGUGUUUUAAAAACCCCAAGGUGAUACCAGGGAAAGAAAAAGCUGCCUAAGUGUCUGAUAAAGAAGAAACUAGGUGAUAUAGCACUGCCAAACUGCUGCUUCUAUUUCUGUUUAUUCCACUCAAACCACUACAGCUCUGUGAUACAGGUGAGGGUCUUUUUAUCUGAACUCAUCAGCCUUGACGUGCUCGCUCUAAUUUCCCCCGAGAGCUGAAGCAGAUCUAAUUGGUCCCUACAGAUCAUCAGCUGUUUGUUUUUGUGCUGUUUUUAAUGUUCACACAUCCUGAAUGUUAAACCAGGAGCCCACCAUCACACGGUCACCAACUACCUUUCUCUCACUUAUCACAGCACCUCGAGGUCACGGGGGAGCAGGCCACAUUUUUGGAACAGUGUGCAAUCAUUGUAAAAGAAGAGCUUAGUGUUUGUGCAGACUGACAUUUGUGAGUGAGGUUUUUGUAAAAGUAAUACGUCUAAUUUCAAUAAAAUUGGUCAGUAUUCAAUAUUUGGA